CUGUAGCCAGGAGACAGGGCCUGAGCGGAGUCUUAAUACUUGGGGAAGGGAAAGAGCCAAGCCGAAGUUUUGAAGCCAGGCCAGGGGAGGACCUGAGGACCAGAGGAGAUCAUAGAAGUCCUCAGGUGCCUGAACGGGCAGCUGAACCCGACGGGCUUGAGGACCCAGCCUCCCUCUCGAGCAGUCUUCUCCAGCUGCACUUCGUCAUCCCAAUCAGCGAGAGUGGAAAGCUGCGAGGCUGCUAG